AUGUCGUGGUUUUCAGGCUAUACGCCACUUCUGGGCAACGAAAACGUUACUUCCCUCAGUACACAGAACCCAGGAAAAAUUCUCCUCCAAAUCCUCGUUCUUCAAUGUUUCUACUACCUCACAGCCCUUAUCAUCUUCUACUUGGUGGCACUGCUAAACGGGUACGACUUCAGCGUUGAUUGGAUCUUCUCGUGGGAACUCAUUGCUCCUGAUAACGCCAUGGGACUCAUUUUGUUUGUCAUGUGGCUCAUCGACACAUUGCUUUGUGUGUUGUUCGUUACGAUCAUAGUGGGAAGGUCCAAGUUGGCUUGGGACUUUGCAGUGACUGUGCAUGUGGUGAACUUGGGAGUGGUUUGGCUUUACACGGGUAAGUUUCCUACAUCUUUGCUCUGGUGGUGCCUUCAGAUCCUUAGUGCUGUGAUUUUGGUGACGCUUUCUACGUACUCUACGCGGUGGAAGGAGCUCAGGACUACCUUCUUUGAUAACAUGUUGGACCAACAAGAGACUGGCCAGGUGAGACAUGAAGAUAUCGCCAUGAAGGAUUUACCUAGACCGCUGUCGUCGUGA